CAUCCCAGGGCUGUGCGCAGUUCGCUGCUGCCUUCCCCAGAAGCCACUUCUUGCUUCCCUCUUUUGGAAACACAGAAGCAGCAGCGCUGCCACUCCCCAUGAACCUGUGGGCAGAUUUGCAUGUGUCCUCUGCACCGCCUGCGCAGCUGAAGCUGCUGCUGCCUCGAGUUGGGGAUGGAGAGAUGGGGCAACUGUGCGGCCGACGAUGGUGUCCCUUCAUCCCCAGGCUGCUGGCUCUGCUACUUGUUGCCACAGGCACUGCAGCUGUCCAGAUCGAGCCAGUGAGCGGUGUGCUGGGGCACUCGGUGCAGCUCCCUCUGCAGCUGCAGCCUGGCAGCAGUGUGAAGAGGAUCAUCUGGAGCUUCAGAGCCAAUGCCAGCAAGAAAAUAGAAGUGGCUGAGUACAACCUGGAGACGUCCAAGCAUUUCAAGUACAAUAGGCAGCGGCUGGAGUUGUUCAAUAAGACAACACUGCAGAUCAGUGCCCUGGAGCAGAGUGACAGUGGGGUCUAUGAUGCAAGCAUCACGUAUCAGUCAAACGAGAUGGAUGAAAGCUCCUUCAACCUCACUGUCUACGAGCCUGUGCCAGUGCCCCUGAUCCAGCAUGAGAUGCUGUCCUACACUGCCCAGGACUGCAGCAUCAUCCUGCGGUGCUUGGUGCCGGCUGGAAGUGGUGCUCAGACCACCUGGCAGCACGACAACACCUCCAGUGCAACUUGGAUACAGAGUGACAACAGUCAUGUGUUGCACCUGACCGUCCCUGCCAGUGCCCUGAAUGUCGUCUACACCUGUGUGGCCUGGAACCCGGCACAGGAGCGGAGCAAGUCCGUGGACCUGGCAGAACUGUGUGCACAAGAGGCACACAGGUGGAGGUGGCCCAUCUACCUGGCAGUGCUGGUGGGCGUUGUGGGAGCCUUGAGCAUCGUGCUGUACCUGCUGAAGAGGAGGAGAAAGGCUGACAGAGCUGCCGCCUGCCCCGAGGAGCUGCUGUACUCCCAGGUGCAAAGGAGAGAUGUCGAGGACAGGGACGAGCAGGGUCCCAGCAGAACCAUCUACAGUGAGCUGGGGAGCGGUGGGGAUGGCACAGCGUGGCCACAAGCCUGAGCGACGAUGGACGGACGGAUGGAUGGACAGCCGGACACCCUGCCUCCAUCUUGCUUUAUUUCCCCGUGUUCUUUCCCCUUCCUCCCCAUAGAACACGGGCCUGGCGGUGCUCCCCGCGGCCCCGGGCUGUGCACGGCCCCAAUAAAGGCAGAGA